GCAGGAGCCCCGGAAGUUGUAUUCCAAUUCGUGCGGGGGUAGCUGCUCCUGGGGCGGCUGAUAUUAGCAGCUCGUCGUCGUCUACGCGCGAGCAAGAGAUGAAAAUGUGCGAGCCUGAAGACCACCUUAGACAAAAUGAUGAAACUACACAGCUUGACCUCUUCAAUCGCCAGGUCUAUUUGGACGAAGUCGGGCUGGGGUUGGCUCAUCAUCUUCCAGGUUCAUCUACUUCGAUACACGGUGGACCUUAUGGAUUGCAAAUAUGUCUGGGUCUGGAAGGUUGCAACUUGUGAUGCUGUGUUUGGAUUCCAAAAAAAAUUUGUAUUGCAUGACCAGCAACAGGUGUCCAGUUCUUGCUACGUGGAGGUGGCACUUCUCAUGCGGAAUUGGCAUCAGGGAUCCCUCUAAAAGUCUGUGAUGCUAGGUCGUGCAUUACAGGCAUUCUGGGUCAUGCAAAAUAUGCAUGACAAACCUGGCAAUCUUCCAGACCCAGACAUUUUCACAUUUGAUAGACCUGCUGCUGUAACAAAUUUUAUUCACCAGCAUGCUGUGCUAAUCCAAAGCCAAUUGCCGUCCUUGGCCGACUAUGAACUGCAAAAGUAUCGCACUCGUAUAAAUGCAUGACAGAUUUCCUCAGCAUGAAAAAUGAAAUUUGUAAUGCCGAUUUACCUUGAGAAAGAAAUUUGUAAUGCAUGACUGCGAUUACUACGAACGAGUACGAUACUUUUGCACAGGAUACCGACCCCUGGACUUUCUACCGCGGAACAGACUUGGUCGACAAAAUCGAGGAAUACGUGUUCUCGGAGCCGGGAGAUGAUUAUCUUUAUCAAAACGGGUGUAGAGAGCGGACCGUCCCGGGCGGAGGGAUUAGAUGCAAGAAUUUUGUCAUCGACCAAGAUCCUUCCGACCAAGAAUUUCGAACGCACGUGUUCACGGUCUUGAACAACAUUUGGGUGGUAUCCUGAUUAAAAACGUCCCCACACCAGAGUCAAGAUGGGAAAUCUGCUAGACAAAUCAGCCAGCUUUCGUUGUUUGGCAUGACAAGUUUGUCCUCGUAGUUUAGUCCUGUUGAGCUAGUUCAGGAGAAGCAUCACAGAUCUAGCGCAGCAUGCUGAUUCUAGCAUCGCAAAUUCCAAAACACGAAUAGAGAAUGCCUCUCAUAGGGCUCCGCAUGAGAAACUUUUUUGGCAUGCAGAAUUGCAUGACAGCUCUGGGGUGGGGAUGUUUUUACACAGGAUAGGUGGCCUUGCAGGAGGAGGCGCGAACAAAUGAAGCGCUCGCCUUUGUGUUACUAGGGAAGAAACAAAUGCAAAGUAAAUCUGCUGCCGCUGCGCAUAACAAAGAGGAUUCGACUGCAGAACAAGGAUCAUCUUCAUCAUCAUCUGGAAAUAAAGCGAGGGAGGACGUCGAAGACCCUGCAGCCCCGUAUCAAGACGCAGUUUUUUUACCACGCAGUGGCCGUUUUUUACCACGUGAAGAAGAAGACCUCCUACUUGCCGAUCUUCUCGCGGAAAGAGUGUUCGAAUUCGUUCCCUCUAAACUCGCAUUCGACGUGGAUAAUGACACGGUUCGGAUCAAGCGCGCAAGUGGCUCCGGGGUGGAACGCGACCCCCACCGCGAACCAAGAAUGCUGCAGAUGGGUCGCCGACUCCACCGGAGAGACAAUUACGUGAUUUCAGUCACCUCGGAACAAUCACUGAAGUACACCCCCCCGCCGGGGGAUAGCGACUUGGACCUAUCCGACAACCCAACCUACGUAAUGUUUUACGGGGCUCGCCCAAGGAAGCAGGCAAAGCCCGUUUUCCGAUUCGACCUGGAGUUCGCCCCCAGGAUCGCGACGGUGGAUAAAGCGAGACCGAGUUUUGAUGGGAACAACAGUAGUUCUUCAUCUUCAGGCGCUAGUAGUAGUGAAAGUUCUGAUGAAUCGUUUGCGGCAGAUGGAGCGAGAGUAGAUCACGACCGUCGUUGGCAGGAAGUAGAACCCGUUGAUUUCUAUCGCGAGUUUGGCAUCCCUUUGCCCCACGAACGGCGGGGCGGGUUUUCUUUUCGACCACAAGAAAAUGAUGUAGCCGGCGUCGAGGCCACGGCCGCCGGCGCGAUUACUGACGACGACGAUGAACACAUCAUGUUGGGACCAAUUUUGGCUUUGCCCAACCAGGAUCAUGAUGGUGAGGAUGAUAAUGUUGAAAUAACUCCCGCCCGUGACGAGCCGGAGCAGGCCCAGGCCCACCGCGACGAGCCGCCUUCCUUCCACCCUCCCCCACCACCCAUCGACGCGGAAGAUACGGAGAACGCAAAGAGGCAUUAUCCUCUCGCAAAAGUUCUUCUCACGAUCUGUCACCCUUUGAAGAAGCAGAUUCCGGGCCACUCGCUGAUCUGCAUGGACGUGGAGGUAACGUACCUAUCAAAUGCACAUAUGUCUGAAUCUGGAAACUUGUGAUGCUACUGGUUGUGAAUGAUGCAUAUACAACAGAUUCUAGACAGAGUCAUGUGAAACAAGCAUGACAAAGACAAGCUUGCAUUGUUCCAGACCCAGACACAUUUGCGUUUGAUACGCUGGAGAUGUUGGGGACGAUCAGCAAGUAUUAACGGCUGAUGGUGGUGGUAGCCCUAGAAGUGGCCCAACAACAUACAAGGUAGCGGUUGGAGGAGAGAAGAUUAUCGAUAUUUGUUGAAAAACAGAAACUAAUUUUGAAAAACAGAGACAUAGUGGAAGCCAACGACUCCCUCGCGCCACUCAUCGGCCCCUUCCCGGCAAUCCGGCACCAGUGGUGGUCCGAUGAACGAGGCCGCAACGCGGUUGAAGAGUGAUGCUCUGAAAAAGCUUUCUAUAUACUAGUGAUAAAAAAAAAGUUAAAAAAGAAAAACAAAAACAGAACGAACAAAGAGUCGUGAUCUUCCUAAGCAAGGUAGAACUGGUUCAAGAAGUAGUUUUUUUUGCAACGGAUUUUCGCAACAGAUUUAGAUUUUCAACGGAGUUGGGCGUUUCAUAAAAGUACCUUUUUCCAGCAGGCCGUAUAUUUUUAAAGCAGUUGUACACUACCGGUAGCAGUUACUAAGGAUUUUUUCAAGCUUCUUUGCGUACAGGGAUUUUUAUUGAAAUAGCGCUAGGGAAAAAAGGUGAGUAAACCUUUUUCCACCUUGCCGCAUGUCUACAAACAAACAAACAAAAAACAGAGACAUGAACAAAUUUUGUGAUACUACAAGAGACCGUACUAAAAAGAAACCGAAGUUGUAGGAGCUGUGCCAUGAUCAUGGGCAGCUUUUUUAUGUGAUCGAACUCGAAUACAGUGACAGGUUGUAAAUGAUAAAAAGAGAUCAUUUCAUUUUUGAAUGAG